CAACAACAUGACAAUAUUCUUUGUCAGGAGAUUCUCGUUCUUGAACCAUUCAAGGAAAAGAAGGGAAGCAUUGCACAGGGCCAAAUUUGGGAUAAAAUAGCGAACAAUCUGAACAGCUUUCAACAUCCCCAGUUCAGGGUGACGAAGCGAUCUGUCAGAGAACGAUAUACGCUUUUGAGCGACAAAUUUAGAGCAAAGAUGCGAGAUGAAGAAAAGGAAAGUGGAAUAGAUACAGAUUUGAGUGACAUUGAAAAAACACUUGAGGAGAUAGUAGAAAAAGAAGCUGUGGUUGAAGAAACAGCGCAAAAUAACAAAAAGAAAGUCAAUUGUGCCAAAGCAGCGGAUAUGAGAUACAGAACUCUAGAGAACCUCGGCAGGUCACAGAAAAGACAAAGGAAAGAUGAGGUAGAGAAUGAAACAGCAGCAAGAGGAAAACAUCGAAGAAGUGGUAGUGACAUGGUGGCAUAUUUGCAAGGAAAGAAGGAUCUCGUGCAGAAAUGGAAAAUGGAAGAAAUGCAGCUACAGAAGCAGCGACUAGAGGCUGAAAGCAAGAAGGAGGAGCAGUCCAAAAAGCAACAUCAGGAUUUGAUGCAGGUCAUGCUGCAGCAAACGAAUCAGCAACAAGAACAAUGUGCAAAAUUUUCAGAAGAUGUUCACGCUAAUGCAGCAGCAGCAGUCUCAAAUUAUAAUAAAACUUCUAGAAAAACAAAACUAAGUCAUGGCCUGAUUUUGUGCUGUGCAAGAUGAAUGUAGGUUUCAGCAAUUUCAGGCAUAUGUUUCUUGAUUUUGUUUUGUACACUUGCUUUUUAUUGUUAGGUUUUCCAUGUUAUAUCAGCUUCAUGUUCAGACUUUUUGAUUCAAAUAAACUUGAUUAAAGACUUAAUGUUAUAGAAACCGGACGUUUUGUGUUCCUGGGUUCAGUAGUGUAUUGUUCCACUUAGUUAUUCUGUGAUUAUGUUCCGAUAAAUUUAUCCACCACAAGGCUGGAAGUCAUAAUUAGCUCUGGAACUGGACGGCUGAAUCGUGGAAUUAAACCACUGAUUCUACAUGGUUACGCAAACCUUCGAAGUGCGAUACACAACCCUUCAAUUCCAUCGCAUAUUGUUCCUUGUUGACAUGUAAUGUAGUUAGGAAGAUGUAGGGCCUCAGAAAGGACGGGAAGGUCACUCUUACGAAAACGAAACUCGGAUAA